UUUCCUUUCUUCAGUAAAUAAAAGCUCCAGCACGAUACUCUCCAUUCAAAACCUACACUAUACUGGCCCAACUCUCGCGAGAUUCUGCGUGUUGUGGAACAGCUGACUGUGCUGUGGGUGUUGUGCGAGAUUGCUUACUUCGCGAAGAUAGCAAAACAGUCGCUAGAUAGCGUUUAGAAUUUUCGUGCUGUUUAGGCGCCGAUAAACAUUUACAUCACAACAUGGCCGAGACGGAUCCCAAAUCGGUGCAGGAUCUUACUAAUGUGGUUCAGACACUGCUGCAACAGAUGCAGGACAAGUUCCAGACCAUGUCAGACCAGAUCAUUGGAAGGAUCGAUGAGAUGAGCACACGUAUCGAUGACUUGGAAAAAAAUAUUGCUGACCUGAUGACCCAGGCUGGUGUUGAAGAAAUUGAGGCAACACCGGAAAAGGCUAAAGAGGGUCAAGGAUCAUAAUGAAGGUUCCUAAAUCAUAAAGCGUGAAGUCGGUCCUAUAUUCAGGAGCAGCAGACUUUUUCAUUCGGAAAAUGACUUCUAUUGAUUUGGUGUGUUGUUGUGUGAAAUGCUUUUUUUAUAUAUUGUGAAACGGUUAUGUAAUGACUUGAAAAGUUGAACGUUACUUGUAAGCUAGAAUAGUGUGACAUGCCCUUCAGAACCUAAAGUGUUGAUGUGCAGGAACGCUUGGAGGUUAUUUUCAUACACAUGUAUAGCAGUAAUUUCAUUCCUUAGUAUGAUGGCUGAUGGUGAUGGUUUUGCCCUAGCCUCUGAGAAGUUCAACCUGCAGGCCAAUAAGCCAAUAGAACCUCCAGUCCACUGCCCACACCAGCAUGGGGACAGUGAAUCUAAUGCUUGCAGUGUUUCACAUUGAGCACUGUUGCAACCAUUGUGUGGGAUGCAUUCCAAUCCUGAUAGUCUUCUAUUAAAGCUAUUUAAUACA